CACACACAAUGCCAGCAGCUAGCGAAACCACCUUCUUAGAGAAAUCCGUCUCCGUGGCGCCAUUGGUGUUGUUAUCGGUGGUCGACCACUACAACAGAUCUGCGCAAAACACCAAGAAGCGAGUCUUGGGGGUGAUCCUCGGGGAUAACUCCGACCCAAACAACAUUCGGGUGGCCAACAGUUAUGCCAUUCCGUUCGAAGAAGACGAAAAGAGCCCGGAAGUGUGGUUUUUGGACCACAACUACAUCGAGUCCAUGGGCGAGAUGUUUAAAAAGAUUAAUGCGAAGGAAAAGUUCAUUGGGUGGUACCACUCAGGACCUAAGUUGCGGGCAUCCGAUUUGAAGAUUAACGAUUUGUUCAAGAAGUACACACCAAACCCAUUGUUGUUGAUUGUGGACGUCAAGACCAAAGACGUGGGGAUUCCUACUGACGCUUAUAUCGCCGUCGAGGAGAUCAAGGACGAUGGCACUAGCGCCGAGAAGACGUUUGUGCACAUUCCGUCGUUAAUCCAAGCCGAGGAGGCCGAGGAGAUCGGGGUGGAACACUUGUUGAGAGACAUCAGAGACCAGGCCGCCGGGAACUUGUCCAUCAGAAUCACCAACCAGUUGUCAUCGUUACAGGGCUUGCACCAGCGGUUGAGAGACAUAACUAGUUACCUUGAGAAGGUCUAUCAGAACGAUUUGCCGGUUAACCACGCCAUUUUGGGGAAGUUGCAGGACAUCUUCAAUUUGUUGCCGAACUUAGCGACCCCAAAAUCAGUGGAGAACGCCCAGGAGUUGCAUGAAAACACUCCGCUCGCCACCGCCUACACUGUCAAGACUAAUGACGAAUUGAUGAUGGUGUACAUCUCCACUCUCAUCAGAUCAAUCAUCGCGUUCCACGACUUGAUUGAGAACAAGAUUGAAAACAAGAAGCUGAACGAGGCCAGCAAGAAGGGCGAGGAGGAGGCCAUUGAGAAGGAGGAGGAAGCCGAAGAAGCCAAGGAUGAAAAGUAGAAGUUAUUACAGAAUAUUAAAGGAUCUAAUUAGGAUCGUUGCAACCGCAAUGCGUAGAGUCGGAAAAAUGCAUGUGAAACGCAGCCUUCGGAGAAGGAGCACUGGAGCCUGCGAAAUUUAUUAAGUCUCAGUCAAGUAGUUACUCCUAUUGAACUUUCAGUCGAGGGAUACAAUCCCAGUCUAGUACAAUCCCAAUUAAUUCCUACAUGAGAAAAAAGUAUUUUAACAGCGACAUUUAGAUAGACCUAGUGAACGAUGAAAAUACAAUGUUCAAACAAUUAGCACUUUUAAUUCCGCCGCUGUGAUCGAAACCUAGUCAGCUAGAACAGUAAGAUUAGCAUAUACUAAAGUUUCCACUUAUAGUCCGGGUUAUCCAAAAUAUGCGCAUUCUCUGCUGGAUUGAAGCACCCGUUCACGUAUUUCGCCUUUUC